GGAGAGUCAUGGUAGCGCAACGUUUGCAGAAACCUCCUUUUCAGUUUACUGUGGUAUGGCAUUGGGCAUAAUGGAGACCAAACCAGUGAUAACCUUUCUCAAAACCCUCCUCAUCGUUUACUCCUUCGUAUUUUGGAUCACAGGAGCGAUCCUCUUGGCAGUGGGAGUAUGGGGGAAGUUUAUGCUGGGCCCUUAUAUCUCUCUGAUAGCUGAGAACACCACCAAUGCUCCAUACGUCCUCAUCGGCACUGGGACUGUCAUCAUCGUCUUCGGCCUGUUCGGAUGCUUCGCCACCUGCAGGGGGAGCCCAUGGAUGCUCAAACUGUAUGCAAUGUUCUUGUCCCUGGUGUUCCUAGCUGAGUUGGUGGCUGGGAUCUCUGGCUUUGUUUUUCGUCAUGAGAUAAAGGGAACCUUCUUGAGGACGUAUACUGACGCGGUGUUGAACUAUGAUGCUGAGGAUGAAAAGAGCCUGGUUGUGGACAACGUCCAAAGCAGCCUGCAUUGCUGUGGGGUGUACAACUACACCAGCUGGUUGGGCAGUGUGUACUACCCUGCUAACGGCUUUCCCCUGAGCUGCUGCUCCAACUCCUCUGACUGCAGCCCACAGGACCUCCGCAACACCACCAUAAACCACACCAAGAUCAACCAACAGGGCUGUUAUGAACUGGUCACCUCCUUCCUCGAGAUCAACAUGGCCAUCAUUGCAGGAGUGACUUUUGGCAUCGCCUUCUCACAGUUGAUUGGCAUGUUGCUGGCAUGUUGUCUGUCCAGGAUCAUUACAGCUAAUCAGUAUGAGAUGGUGUAGCUGGGAGAGCAGGGAGAUGAAGAGGAGAGGGCGAACAACAUCUUGGUAGACUGGGACAGAAGAUCCCCACAACACUAGCACAUUGCAUCACUAAAACUCUCUCUCCCUCUCUCCCCUCUCCCUCUCUCCCCCCUCUCACUCCCUCUCUCUCUCUCUCUCUCAUUAUUGAAACUUAUUGUAAAUAAGCACCAUUCCUUAAUGCUACUGUGCCAUGAGCUUCUCUCAGUACCUUAAACUCCUUCACUGAAUGACUGCUGGUAAAAGCUGCAAGUAAGCACUGAUCUAGGAUCAGCUUACCCUCCCCAACACAAGAUUGACCUUGGACCAGCAUCUAGGGGAAACGUCCUCCUACUCCAUAUGAGCUUAGCAGUCUCUGACACUGUGGAGAAGUUUCCCUGAGGCACAGGUCUAGGAUCAGCUCACCCCACCCUUGAUGCUAAAUUUAACCAUUAGGAUAAUGAAUGAAUAUCUGACCCUGCAUUAGUGCUAAGGGGCAACUUCAUCCUUCUCCUUAGCAGUCUUUGACCCCUGUGUCUCCCUGUCCUCUCAUCGUUCCCCCUUGUGGUCUGGCAUGCUCCAUAUAGGCCCUAGCAUCUCCAAAGCGAUGCACAUAUUUGAAUAGACAUUACAUUAUUAACCCACAUAAAAAUAUAUACAGUAGCCGACAUACACUGUAUUGUCAUGAUGUUCAUGAUCACCGUAAAUACCUAAACUUUAGACAUUUAGAGAAGAUAUGUUGAUAUAACGUUGAGAGAGCAUUUAGAGCUAACUGUAGCCUUUCAUUUGCAUCUUUGCUUUUUCGCUGCUACAUGGAUGAUAUCUGACUAUUGUGUCCAUAUCUAUGACAUUAGAUAACAAUGAACUGUGCAAUUGAUUUGGUCUGUGGAUGUGUAAAUGUGGCUUACUUUGGCUGGUGGGAGGAGCUAUAGGAGGACUGGCUCAUUGUAAUGGCUGGAAUGGAGUCAGACGUGGUUUUCAUACGUUUGAUACCGUUCCAUUUAUUCCAUUCCUAUAGCUCCUCCCACUUACCUCCUCUGUCUUCCACGCUCCUAGAUUAUUUAUCAUUUAUUAUAUUAACACAUCAUGAUUUGUGUGUGCCGACUUUGGUCUGGAACACUGUGCUGUUUGGAUUUAUUUGUAUGUUCUUGUAAUAUUUGUAUGUUUAGUUUUGUCUGAUUCUGAUAAAUAGCAUUAUUUAUUGAUUUUAUUGAUGUUAUGUGUUUUUGUGCCACAUGUUGAGAUAUAUAGGCCUAUGUUUACUUUUUGCUUAAUUUAUGUAUUGUUGACAUUUCAUUUUUUAAAUGUCUGCCUUUCUGUGUGCACACUUACAAUUGUGCAUGUUUGUGCACGUGUGUGUGAGUGAGAAAGAGUUGCGGUGGAAUCCCGACAUGAGUGUACAACCGGGAAUAGGGUAUCAUGUGAGAUACAGCCAAUGCUCAUAUAGAUGUAAGGCUCAGGUCAAUGAUAUGAUUUCCACGCUCCGACUGGGGCCUCUUAUGGUGUUGUGUAUGUAUGUAUGUCCAUGUCUUAGAGUCAUGACAGAGGCAGCUGGGACCUCUGUGCUAUAGACGGGUUCGCUGACAACGUCAUGAAAACAAUGCGUGUGCUUCAUUGGGGCAGAAGCUGUGUGUUGUUAUGGUUCUGGAUGGCCAGAUAGCUAGCAACACUGACAUGUGGGGAAUCGUAAGUGGCUCGUUUGCUCUUGUACUUGUCUUGUUUUGAGGUGUUUCGACUUAUGCCACGUCAUGUCUAUGCUAUUAUGGCAAAAAUUUGCGAGCUAACUUGCUAACCAACAACUGUAACAAUGCAUUUGAGUGCUCAUUGUGCAACUUUAUUUAUGUUCAGUAAACAUUGGAGACGAAAUAUAGUUGACCUGUCAACAAUCCAAGCCAACCCCGUAUGUUUUGCCCCGUUAGUUGUACAUGGUUCGGUUUUGUUGCUAAACAACCAACCCGUCUAUACAAGGGAUCUCAGCCCUGGUUCUGGGUCUCUUCCAUGUAUGCUGUUUUCACUAAUGACUCAGAUUUACAAUACUGGGUUAUUCAAAUCUCAACUAUUUUGCAUGAAAUUCUUUUAUAGAAGGGAUUACUGGUAUGUACAUAGAAAUUGCAUGGUAAAACGGUAAUUACACAAUAAUAACCUAUGGAUCAUUUAUUUGUUUCAUUGAUACUAAAUUGGAGCACCAUUCCAUAUACCAGGUAAACAACCGGUAGCUGAACCUUUAAAUAAAAUGCUACCAAGAACUGCCAGUGUAUUGAAAUGAAUUUCCUUCCCUAUAAUGGAUGGAUUAUGUGAAAUCCCGUGAACAGGUUGGGUCCCCAGUUUCCCCACCUCCAGCAGAGUAGAAAGCCAGUUUACUGUUAUUAAGUAGAUCACUAAAUCGUACCAAACUAACAAAACAAACGUGACCAGUCAAUAAAUAUUGCAAUCCAAAGUUGCAGCGUUAACGAAAAGCUAAAACACUGUUUUGUAGCCAACCUUUUUAAAUAACUCGGCACCAGCAAUUAUAGCAUGCCAACAGAGGCAUCAUGCAUAUCCUGUUGAAAAAGAUCUAUACAUUUUUUGGUAAAACAUUUUGUUGUUGUUGUUGGCUUUACCUAGCCCAGAUAAAUUCCCAAUCUCCCAACCUCAUAACUAGCUACCAAUAAGUCGUUUCAGGCUAUCAAUCAAGUUAGAGUAGCUAGCUUGUCUAACUAUCUUAGCUGGCAUCCCUGCUGAAAAGGCUGGUAGAUUUUAGAAAAGCAAGCAAUAACUAAAUGUACUGAAUAAGACUCACAUUUCUUUCAAUCUUUUACUCAGAUUUUUGCAGAGAUCAGAGAAGAAAAUUAGUUAUUUUAAAAAAAAGACACCAGUCAGGAUUAUACAGACAGCUCAAGAGGUAUGCUUAGAUAUGCAGAAAAAUACAAAUAUUUUUUGACAUAAUGAUUAUGGCUCUAGAUUGCAGGAAAAAGCUGUUUUCAGGUGGUUGAAAAAUGCAAAAUUAUCCAUCUUCCCAUCACUCCAGACCACCCCCCAGCCAUCCUUAUGUAAUUUGUGCCCACUCAGAUUUUUGGGGUGCAUGACACCCCUGCAUGCCAAUACAGUGUGUUCAGUUGUUGAUAUUGUAACCUUCAGUGAUCACUGUAUUAAUAAAUUAUCAUCAUAACUUUA